UAGUAAUUGAAAAACAAUAAAACAAAAAUUCAAAUACAUGAUGAAGAAGAUUAAAGGGGCCCAAUAUCCAAUCAGAAAUGGCCCAAUUUCUUGAAAACGGGUCAGGAGAAUAUCGGACCAAAAAGUUACUCCAUAUCCAGUGAGAAAUGGCCUAAUAUUUUUGGUCCGGUGGAUGUCGGCCCAAAAGAGUUGGUGACCCACGGGUUCACACUUCGCGACCCCGAAUAAAAUAACGUCAAGAGUCAAAGCAAGGGUUAGGGUUAGGGUUUAAGCAAAGAAGAGGAACAGCGAUCCAGUCAGAGGCGGUGCCAACAGAAGGAGAAAAUGUCGAAGAAGAAUAAUUUGGCUCGUAGAAAAAGGCAGCACGAAUUCGAUCUCCAAAGGGAGAAGGCAGAGAAAGAAAAGAAGGCUAAGAAGCUUCAAGCAAAGAAGAAUAAGAUGAAGGUUGAUGGUAAUGAGAAGAAAAAGAAGAAAGGUGGAAGUGGGUUCCAAGUAGGGAAGAGAAAAUUGAAGACCAGGUUAACAGAUGUGGCUAAAGCCAAAGCAGCUCAAGCUAUGGAGCUUGACAAAUGAAGCUUCAUUCAAGUAAAAUUUUGAGCUCAUGGUUUUGUAAUUUUAGUGGGAAUCUGUAACUUUUUCUUGCUGUUAAAUUUUGCUUAUUGAGAUAAAGUAUUUGUUACCUUGAUAAUUUUUGGAUAGUGUGACAGCAUAUUGUUGGUUAAUGGUUAAUGAAGCUGUUUCCAUGACCAAUUUUCUUACUAACAUAAGUAUGUGUAUUAGUUUGGAAUACACGUUUAAACAUACAACAUGAUAUCUUACCAAUCCUUUGUUUUCUGAUGGGUAUAUUUGCUUUUCUUGGAUCAUUUUUUUAAGAGCUGAGAAAAUCUUGGGCUCUGUAACGCGUAAGGCUGCUAUGCUUACAUUGUACACAUACAAUGAUGGGAAGGCCAGAAGAUUGUAGAGGGUGAAGAAAAGGUAAAUCUUUUUAGGAUCCAUUUGUAGAUUUAUAUAUCUGCUUAGUAAUGAAUAAUUUGAGUUAGUCAUGUUUAUGACUUCACAUUGACGUGAAUCUGAAAUUGUGGAAGUGGAGUUUCCAUGUGAUUGAAGAGGCCUCUUCAUCUGCAAUAAUGAAGAGGCCACUUAUUGCAGUUAUGCAAGCAGUCAAAUUAUUAAUGCAUGCCUGCUGCUCUGUAUCAUCUUUCUCUGCCGUCCGGUGUUCUGGUUGCCUGGUGGGUUUGUAAUAGACCGUACUGAGCUUUGAAAUUUGCACAGUCCAAGACCUGCCUCCACGCCAGAAGAUUAAUCAAUAAAAAAUAAUGUCCUUUUUACUUUCAUCAGUACUCAGUCACCCCUGCUUAGGAACAAGAAAGGUAAUGAAAGAUGCAAGGGGGAGAUGGAAAUCUGAAUGGUGAAUUGGUCUUAGCACUACAAUGAAACAAUACGGUUCAAACUUGAAAGCUUUAGAUUAAACAUUGAGCUGAAUGAAACAAGCAAACAAACUAGCAAAGCUCUUAUGUCCUUUCACCUUUGACCAUAUUAAAUCUUUGGAAUUCGCUAUGCUUCCUUUGUGACAAUUAUUGGCAGGUUAGGUGAAAUUUUAGUACUUGAUAGUCAAAGUUUGGCCCUGAAAAAGAAAAACAAAAAAAAAAGAAAAACGUGUAUUAAUUGUCAUGGGUCAUUACAUUGGUACUAAAGUGUCUGGACCUGCCGACUUCGUAUCUUAAGUUUAAUAAAUUGGAACCAAUUUCAAUGUUAAUAGUUCUUGAUCUAAUUUUCCUUUUUUUAUUCAUUUUUCUGAAAUCUAACCUUUAUUUUUCCUUUUUUUUAAUCGAAUUAAAAAAGUAAUAGCAAUCAAAGAGUAAAACAUUAUUCUCUCUGUACCAUUUUUUU